GCGGCGCUCGCUUUCACGCACCUGCACCUACGCAGCCCUCCCAGGCGCUCUUUUGGAGAAGGGACUCCUAAGGCUUUCAGGGCAUCACUUUCCGCAACCAGCUGCCUUAUGGAAGGUCGAUGUUCUCGGUGUAAAUGCGGUGCUUUCCUAAAGUGAGAGUCAAGAGACUCGCUCCGUCCUGGCCACCCCGGAACGACAAGUUGGAGCCCCGCGUUUCCUGAUCGACCUCAUUGGCGGCAUCACUUCCGCCCAGGGUUUGGAAUACCCGAGGCGCUUUGGCGGCGAACACCCGGAAAGGCACUGCCGGUGCCUGUUGCCAAGGCGCCGGCCCCGUGGGCCUAAAGGAGCGACAUUAUUGGCGUCGUCCUCUCCCCCCUUCCUGGGGGUCGAGAUGUCGGGGCUCAGCUGCCCAGAGAGAGAGGGCUGUCGUAAGCUGCUCGGCCUGCUGGAUACCGACGAGAUCAUGGCCCUGUGCGACACCGUCACCAACCGCCUGGUGCAGCCUGAAGACCGCCAAGAUGCCAUUCGUGCAAUCUUAGUGUACAGUCAAAGUGUAGAAGAACUUCUGAGGCGUAAAAAAGUCCACCGAGAUGUCAUAUUUAAGUACUUGGCAUCACAGGGGGUUGUUAUACCUCCAGCUACUGAAAAACACAAUCUUAUCCAGCAUGCAAAGGAUCACUGGAAAAAGCAAUUACAUCUGAAAUUGAAGGAAACACCAGAGCGAGUUAACACCUCUCAGGACAUUAGAGACUUUAAACAGGAGAAAGAAGAUAAAACUGAAAAAGUUGAUUUCCGUCGAUUAGGAGAAGCAUUCUGUCGCUGGUUCUUUGAACUUCUUAAUUCUCAGAAUCCUUUUUUUGGACCACCUCAAGAUGUAUGGGGGCCACAGCACUUCUGGCAUGAUGUCAAGCUUAGGUUUUACUACAACACAUCUGAACAAAAUGUGACAUACUACCAUGGAGCAGAAAUAGUGAGCCUUCGUCUGCUGUCACUUGUGAAAGAAGAACAUCUUUUUCUCAGUCCCAACCUUGAUUCCCAUGGAUUGAAAUGUGCUUCUUCUCCCCAUGGUUUGGUUAUGGUUGGAGUUGCCGGGACUGUCCACCGAGGGAACUCUUGUUUGGGCAUUUUUGAACAAAUUUUUGGACUCAUCCGCUGCCCUUUUGGGGAGAAUACUUGGAAAAUCAAAUUUGUCAACCUGAGGAUUAUUGGACAGUCUUCCCUUGCUCCUGAAGCAUUAAUGAAACCAGCUAUUACAUUUGAACCGAGUGAUCUAGAGGCCUUUUAUAAUGUAAUUGUUGUAUGUGGUGCCAAUGAAGUACAAAGUAAUGUAAGGCAGACGGAUAGUCGAACUGGAGACCAAGGUUUGUGCAGUGGAAAUGAGGCAUUGUUGAACAAAAGAUAACUGAGUUUAAGUAAUCCUCUAAAGCACUGAGCACUGUAUGUACGGAGACUAUUCCAGAUACUACAUUGAGAUAUUUUAGUUGAAAUAUCUUUUUUGACUACAGACUAACAUAUGUGAAUACUUGCCUCUUUCUACCUGAGCUGCUGCAAAAUGUUCUAAGGGCUUAAUGCAGUUCAAAUAAAUCCCACUUUAGAUGUUAUAAAUGUUGUGCCCUAGAAACCAGGUAAUAUUUUCAUUUUACUGAGUAUAAAUGUUCUGCUAAUGUGUAUACAUUUCAUGUGGAAAAGGAGUGAUGGUGUUCAAGGCUUCCCAUAAUUUUACAAUAUUUAAAAAAUAUGCACUUUAAAAAAAUUGCAUAUUUUAGAGAUGUCUAAUGUAAAAUCAAACUUCUUAUUUUAGAAAACAUCAGUGACAUUCAUAUGCAGAAAGUUUAAUAAUAUAGCAGGCAUAGAAAAAUUUACUUUGCCUUUUUAAAAUCUGAGGAACCUAUUUCAAAGUUAUCUACUGUAGUCCAACUUAGAUUUCUUAUAACCUGCAACAUUUUCUGAACUAUUUUGGGCAAUGUUAAGUGCUGUUCUCAAGUCAGACUUUAUUAUCUAAGCUCUAACAGUUUUACGGGGCAUUUAUUGUUAACACCAUAUAAAGGAAACAUACUGUAGAAAUUUUUGAAAGGUGUGCCCAGUUUCUAACUUUUAAUUGAAUUACUGUUUUUCCUCUUGCUUGAUCUUGGUUGAGGCGACCAAAAAAUAAAAAUAAAACUGUAAUGUAAGCAUAUACUCCCUCAUCAUAAAUUAAAAUUAUUAGGAUUUUUUUCACCUGUAACUUGUUUUACUAGGAUUGAGUUAUGCAGGUUAAGUUGCCAAAUUAAUUACAUAGUUGCUUUAAAAUUUAAAUUUCUCAUCACCCAGCGGCUACUUGCUGAUACUGGAUUUAAUUUGUAAUUUUAAUUUUCAAAUGGAAAAAAAUUCAACUGGGAAAUGCUGUGAUGUUGUAUUGUACAUGUUAACUUUUUACCUUUAACUCUGCUCAUGAUCAUCUGGGUGACUGAAAAUAAUUUUGGAAGCAGGAGGAAAGAACUCUUUUUUGUUUUUUUCAUGCCAUCCCUCUUAUGAGGAGUACAGGUUGAUAUGUCCUAAAAUAAAAACUUAAAAAAGGAGGGAAAACUCUUUUGUCUGUUAUUAGAACAGUGUAUUAUUUAGAUUUAAAGCCAAUUUUAUUUUUCUCUAAGUUGGAAGUAUUAUAACAUGUAAUCGAUAAAUAUCCUAAGUAAAGGAUAAAUUAAAGACUAUUCCCAUCA